GUGUUUUUGAUUGUUGUCAUCAUGGAUUUGGAUCCAAUCAAGAAUGAAAUCGAAGAGGAUGACGAAGAAGAGGAAGAGGAAGAAGAAGACGAGGAGGAAGAUGAAGGUGAAGAUGAUGAACGAGCCGAAAUCGCUGGUGCUUAUGAUCCACAGGAAUUUAAAGAUUUAAAAGUAUCGACAGAAAUUAAGAAUCUAUUCAACUACAUUACACUGUAUUCACCACAAAUGAUUGACUUAGAAUUGAGAUUGGAACCUUUUAUCCCUGAUUAUAUUCCUGCAGUUGGCGACAUUGAUGGAUUCAUCAAGGUUCCACGACCUGAUAGGGUUGAUGAUACUUUAGGUUUAACCGUAAUCGAUGAGCCAUCUUCUCGUAAUCAAUCAGAUCCAACGCUUUUGAAUUUAAAGCUCAGGGCUAUGGGUAAGGAGGUGACGCUCAUUCAACCUUCUGGAUCUGAGACGGUGAAAAAUGCUAAUUCAAUUAAGGAUGUUGAUUCGUGGAUUGAAUCAAUUCGUCUCCUCCACGAAACAACCGCUUCCGUUUCCACCAAUAUACCGCUUAUUUCAUCAGCUCGUUUACCUGAUCUUGAACAAUUGAUGCAGGAAUGGGACCCAAACGUUGAAACUGCUCUCGCUAAGUUCAAUUUACCAAUGUCGGAAUUGGAUGUUACUUUGGAUCAAUAUGUUACAAUUAUCUGUGCUUUACUGGAUAUCCCCAUCCAUCGGUCGAAAAUCGCUUCGUUACAUUUACUUUUCAAUCUUUAUUAUGAAUUUCAAAAUUCUCAGCAUUUCAAACAAAUAUGAUUAAACCACCGGCAAACUGGAAAUAUGUUACCUGGCAAUCCACAACUCCCAUGUUAUCAAUGAGAUUCACAUUUAACUCGAUUGUAAAAGAAUAGCUUAAUUGAGUUCUCAAUACAACAUCCACCAAUAA